GAUCCUGUGCGGUCAAGGCUCAAGAGUCACAUACCUUGCUGUUCCUGACCCACAUCAUAUGUCGGUCCAUAGUAACAGAAACCACCACCGCCCACGUCAGAGCCCAUGUUCCGCAGAUGUCGGCAAGGAAACCUUUGCUUUGGAAAGAGUUUUCACUUGGGCCAUGUUGAAUGGCAAACACCAGGUUGUUGGGAUAGGGCCAUGACGUAUAGGUGGUUGAUAAACUGUAUCAGCGCCCUUGAACGAACUUGCAGCCAUUUUUGACCGCUUUUGUAAACCCUCGCCUGCAUACUAUACGAACUCUUGACUGUAUUCCUGCUGUUACUCUCAGUCACGCAACGCAAACGCACGCCGCCAACAUGUCUGCUGCUACCGAAAAGACGUUUACUUUGAACAAUGGCGUGAAAGUGCCCGGCCUCGGUUUUGGCACUUUUGCCAACGAGGGCGCCAAAGGCGAGUCCUACAAGGCAGUCAAAGAAGCCUUAAAGAUAGGAUACAGGCACUUCGAUUGCGCCUGGUUCUACGGAAACGAAGCGGAAGUCGGCGAGGCCUUCCGUGACUACUUCAAGGAGAACCCAUCGGUGAAGCGCGAGGACCUCUUCAUCUGCACCAAAGUCUGGAACCAUCUCCACGAACCCGAAGACGUGAAGUGGUCGUUGGACAACUCCCUGCAGAACUUCGGACUGGACUACGUGGACUUGUUCCUUGUGCACUGGCCGAUCGCAGCGGAGAAGGACGAGAAGCACAACCCCAAGAUUGGAGUGGACGGCAAGUACAUCAUAAAGAAGGACCUCACCGAGAAUCCCGAGCCGACUUGGCGCGCAAUGGAGGAGAUAUAUGCAAAUGGAAAAGCCAAGGCGAUUGGCGUCUCCAACUGGACCAUCGACGGCCUUAAGCAGCUCCUCAGCUUUGCCAAGGUCAAGCCAACGGUCAACCAGAUCGAAAUCCACCCGUUCUUGCCCAACGAUGCGGUGGUUAAGUUCUGUCAAGAAAACGACAUUCUCCCCGAAGCCUACUCCCCAUUGGGGUCGCAAGACCAGGUUCCGACCACGGGCGAGAAGGUACGGACGAACAAGACCCUGAACGAGGUAGCGGACCGAAGCGGUCAUACCCUUGCUCAAGUGUUGCUGGCAUGGGGCAUUCGACGCGGGUACGUCGUGUUGCCCAAGAGCUCGACACCUUCGCGCAUUGAGAGCAACUUCCAGGUGCCUGAGUUGUCCGAUGCCGAUUUCGAGGCUGUCAACAGCGUGGCAAAGGGACGACACACGCGCUUCGUCAACAUGAAGGAUACUUUCGGAUACAACGUGUGGCCAGAUGAGACGGUUGAGACGGGCACAGCUGUGGCAUAAUGGCCUUGCACUGCUAUAAAAUGCGAUUGCAGACUUUGAGCCGCGAUGGCGGGGGUCGGCCAAAAGAUACCCUUA